CAUUUUAUUUACUCCUUAUUUUUUUAAAAAAAAAAUUUUAACAUUAUUAAUUCCUUGUAAUGGCAUAAAAUGCAGAUAAAACAGUAUAUCAAUAUAACACAAUCUCUGCAUUUCUGAACAAAUUAAUGCAUUAUUGAUUAAAUAUAUAUAUAUAUAUAAUAUUCUUGCACCAACUUAAUCCCUGUUUAUUAAAAAGGGCAAAUUUUGUCCUAAUUUUUAAUUAAUAUACGCUUAUUUAAAUAAAAAUUAAAUCUUGGUUAAACUGUUUUCUAUGCUUUAUGUGUUUAACAAGUAAUAAUAUCAUCAAUCCAUUAAUUUUGAUUCUUAAUUUCUUUUUUUUUAUAAUUAACUUUUUAAAUAAAAAAUUUCACAAAAUUCCAACUUGACUGUCAGGUUAUCAACGGCCCAAAAACUAUAACCCAAACCCUUGAUAACGAGCCCAAGAUAGUUUGGACGAAAUUCAUUUUCCAGCAACGACCAAAAAGUAACAAACUUUCAUGUCUACCAGCUCUCUUCUUCUUCUCAACCCAAUAGUUCUCCAAAAUGCAGUACCAAAAAUUCCUCUCAAUUCCAAUCUUUGCUGUGUUUUUUUUGAUGGGUUUUGUUUAUUAUAUCACAGUUUUCAUUUUCAUUGAAGAUUGGGUUGGUUUGCAGAGCUCAGCUGGAUCAUUAAAUGCCAUGAUCUUCACUUUCUUGGCUUCUCUAUGUCUCUUCUCUUUUUCUGCUGGCGUUCUUACUGACCCAGGUUAUGUUCCUUCUUCUUAUCUCCCUGAUGUUGAAGAUAGUUCUUCUGUCUCAGAUGAAGAACCCAAGAAAAAUGGUGUGCAAUCAAAAUAUUGUGACAAAUGUGCUGCUUAUAAGCCUCCCAGGGCUCAUCACUGCCGGGUUUGCAGAAGAUGCAUACUAAGGAUGGUAGGCUGUAUUUAUUUUAGCAAUUUUUAUGACCAUCAUUGCCUGUGGAUAAAUAAUUGUGUUGGUUAUUGUAACUAUAAAGCUUUCUUCAAUCUUAUACUUUAUGCAACCAUCGGUAGCAUCCACUCCACAAUAAUCAUAAUAAGCUGUGCCUGUCAGAAGGACUGGAAUUACAGUGGAAGAACUCCCCUCAAAAUUUUUUAUGUUGCUUGUGGAGCAAUGAUGGUUGCAUUAUUUGCAACACUUGGGACUCUCUUAGGUUGGCAUAUCUACCUAAUAACUCACAAUAUGACAACCAUAGAGUAUUAUGAAGGAAUACGAGCUACAUGGUUGGCUAAGAAAUCUGGGCUGAGCUAUCGUCAUCCAUUUGAUCUUAGCGUUUACAAAAAUAUUACCCUGGUAUUGGGUCCCAACAUGCUGAGAUGGUUAUGGCCGGCAUCAAUUAGUCAUCUGAAAGAUGGAGUUAGCUUCCCUACUUCACGUGAUACUUGAUAGAUAUUUUCCAAAUCCACCCAGGUCGUUGCAGGAUUAGUGUUAUUCCAUGCUUGUUAUCACACGGUGAAGAUUUUGCAUUGUGUUCAUAUUAUCACAUUGUUUCAAGAGGAGAAAGGAUAUGUUCAGGGAGUUGUUGGCCUAACUAGGAGGGAAGUGGCCAACCAGAGAUCCACACAGUGACAUGCGUGCUUUGUCUAGCCUGAUAAAACUAGCUCGUUUUUUUGGUUCCUUUUUUGAAAUUAUUUUCUACUCCCUUUAUAAAGGAAUUUUGUACAGUAAACAUUGUAACAUAAUACAGUAUGCAGUUGAUAUAGGCUACAAGGUGCAAGUAAUUUGUGUAAUUAACAUGAAAUGUGUAAAUGUUUUGACUUCAACC